ACUGACCAGUCCCGGUCCAGUAAACAUCGCUAUCUGGCGGAGAAACAAUGUACGAUCGCACCUGUUCUCUUACCUGAGACAGGUGAGUGGGGGUUACCUGGCCGUACGACGUCACGUGACUCAUUUUACACGUAAAAAACGAGUAUAACCGCACCUUCCGUCCUCCCCUAACGACAGUUAAAAAACAAGCGGAAUCCAGUGCCUGCUUCGCGUGUGCUGCAGAACUUUAAACUUGUGCUUAGGUGGGUUGAUUUUCUAGUGCAGUGCGCCCCUUCUAAUUAACAAUAGAAUGCCAAGGCAUCGCGAAAGCCUUUCAUUGUCCUGUGAUCGUUUUAUCUCAGGCCGCUUUAUCGAUAAAUAAUUCCCAGAACGAUCAUUAGUGCGUACUGUGAUGCGGCAGUGGAAAAAAUAAGAUGUGCAAUUUCUUGAGGACGUUAUUGGCCUUCUCCUCGUUCGUGGUGUUCUUCGACUUGGUCCUGCUGCAGGAAACAACGGAUUACUAUACGUACACAAAAGCGAAUGACCCACAAAUUCAAAAUCAAGCUACGGAACACCCGGGGGGCACGAUAGUCAACGACAAGUUUGUGUUUACCAAAUCCAGGAGUCCGUACUGGUUAAGAAAUGACCUCAUCGUCGAGAGGAACGCCGAAGUCGUCAUCGAACCUGGCGUGACGAUAAAAGUGGAACCCCAAGUGGGUAUAACCGUCAGGGGUGUUUUAACGGCACAGGGUAACCAAGACGAACGAAUAAUCCUUACGACCGCCGAGGACGCUUCGGCGAGGACGAUAGACUUCCCGGACAUCCGUCUCGUGGACGGGCCCACGAUUCUUGCCGGGCGCGUGCAAAUUCGACACAACGCCCAAUGGCGGAGUGUUUGCACAAAUUCCAAAAACUGGACCAGCUUCGAUAUGGAAACAGCCUGCCGUCAGCUGGGCUUCCAAGGCGGCACCUUCUACGGCUGGUUCAACAGACAGAUGCCUUUGAAGUCCCGUCUGCUCUACGAACAACCUAUGUGCUCGGGAACAGAAAGCUCUCUCUUUGACUGUCAGUGGAGCACCAGGCAGCUGGGCUCUGGAGUCUGCGACUACCACCCGGACCUUGCCAUCGAAUGUCUGCCGAGACACGACAAGCCCUUGCCUUACUGGAGAGGUAUCCGCUUCGAAAGAGCUAAUCACGAGAAGGUGUUAAGUCUGCAGAAUACUCUCUACAUUCCAAGAAGUUUAUCUUCCCUAUACUACGUUAAUAUUUACCAUGCUGGUGCAGGGAGAGACCAAAACACCACAAGUGCCUUACACAUUGAAGGUGUUCCUCCAAAUAUGGAAUAUUUAGAAAUCGUUAACUCAGCAUACAACGGUAUGAAUAUCACCAAUCCUGAAGCACCGAUUAACAUCAACAACUGUACGAUCAGAAACAAUAGAGGUUAUGGAGUCUUUAUUAAUUCCAGCUACGGUUCGGCCGAGAUUUUCGGCUGUGUGAUAAACGAAAAUGGCGCAGACGGUAUAAGAUAUGUCCACGCAGAGGAGAGACCGGAUGAAAGACCUGACAGGCUUGGUUACAGCGAUUUCUGCCAGCUGGCCGUGGCUUCUGGUCAAACCUAUCCUGUGCAGAUAUUCGCAGAACAAUCGAUAUUUCAAACGAGAGACCAAGAAUGCAGUAAAGUGUUCACUACUAACAUCGGCCACGUUUUAACGCUGCAUUUCAUCAGAGCCGCAACUGAAAGAAAUGACAGUGCGUCCAUAGAAAUUUACGAAGGUUCGAACUUGAAUAACAGACUCAUCACUAAAUUUUCCAUAAGAAACAACACAAGACCUCAGUCGUUAACCAGCAAUGGCAACCAAAUGUUUAUAAUGUUCCGAGCUAGCGCAGGAACGGAGAUGGUAAUUUUUAUGAGGAUAAUGUCGGGUCUGAGAAAAUCCUUCGACGUUAACGUUAGUAAUUCUGAUGUAUCAGAAAAUGUUGGAAGAGGAAUUUCGGUGGACAAUUUACGAUCGCAGAUACAUGUCUACAAGAGCUCCGUCUCCAAAAACGAGCAUGUAGCAGGGGUCCAUGUUACCAGCGGUGUCGGCGACGUUAAUAUCACGGAAAGUAGGGUAUCAUUCAACGAAGGUGAUGGAAUCAACGUUACGUACACCGGAGGCAGUAGAAAUAUCUCCAGAUCUUCCAUCAGCUCCAACAAAGGCUAUGGAAUAGCCAUCUGGCUAAACGACACGAUAGAAACGGAAUAUAUUUUUGUUAACCAAACGACAGUCGUACAGUAUUCGGAAAUUUACAAAAACCUUGACAUCGGCGUGUUGCAUGGGAACUACUGCAGUGAUGCCUUGUUUAAUAUCACCGGGAACUCUUUCACGAACUCCGUGAACGAUGCACUGGAAAUACUCUCGUGUUGGAAAGAAACGAACACCCCGACUAAAUUACAAAUCGGCCAUAACAGAUUUAUAGGUAAUGAAAGGAUAUCAUUGAAAAUAUUCCCCGCAGUGAACCUAGAGGCUAACAUAGAAUAUAACCACUUCCGACAAGGUUCAUUCGGCGGUUUGCUAAUCAAAAAUAAACCUUUGGAGGAGUUUAACGUCCUCCAAAGUAACAUUCUGAUUCAACAGAAUUAUUUCAUGAACAAUACGGGCACUUACGUCGUCAACUUGGCACUUUCGCCAUACUCUCAGAAACAGUACCUGCUCUUCACUAGAAAUUUCGUCAAAAACAACAAAAUCACCGAACCGUUCCUUUUAGAAGAUGGCACAGCUUCUAAUUUAGUACCCAGAAGUAGAGUGGCUGCACCCAUUGUUGUCGGAUCGAACAACGUUGAAGUGUAUAGAAAUAUUAUAGAAAAUCCAGAUUCGAAGUAUGAAAUCGGAAGUCACUUGGAAGACCAGAGCAAACUCAUCAAUUGUACUUACAACUGGCUGGGUUUCGGCAACGAUGAAUACAUUUUUCCGAGGAUUUUCCAUCGGAAUGACAGAUACAACCUAGCAAAAGUAACUUUCAUCCCGUUCCUUCUACACAAUUCCAAUCCUCUCACCACUAGGAUCAACAUAAACCAGCUGUACGUGCCCAAGUUCGCCGCGACUAACUCGGAUAAAGUUGGAGGUGAAAUCGAGGGGGAAGAGAUUAUUACGAAGGGGGAAUAUUUGGUAAUGCGAGACAUCAGCAUCCGACCUGGCGGGAAACUUACAAUAGAACCAGGCGUAACCCUAUGGUUCCCCCCUUCCAUUGGCAUGAUGAUAGGGGGGAGACUAGACGCACAUGGCAUAGAACCCGACAGCAUUCGUUUCACUCUAAAGGAAGAGUUGUUGCAUUCUCCGGACAACACCACUCAGGAAUCAGAAACUGAAAAAUACAAUUCGGAUAUCGAAUUAGUUCAAGCAGAACCCAUGGUGCCCAUAAGACUGCUCGGAGGUAACACCGAAACAGAAGGAAGGCUGCAAGUGAAAAUCAACAAUGAAUGGGGCACAGUUUGUAACUAUGGAUGGACGAUAAAGAAUGCUGCUCUAGUUUGCCAACAGUUGGGCUAUGUUCUCAACCCAGAUGAUUGGAAUCUGGAGAGGAGCGAGGUACCAGCAGCCGGUACAACAGAAAAAGUCAUUCGUUCUAACGUCCAGUGCGACGAUCAUGAUCUCGACAUAACGCGUUGCAAAGCUGAAAGUGUUACCGACUUUGAAAACUCGUGCAAUCACGAUAAUGAUGUUGGCGUGAGAUGUUACAAGACAUCUUGGGCUGGUGUGAGGUUCAGUUCUUUAGCGGAACGAACGGACGUCCAGUUUCUAACCAUAGAACAAUCCGGUUUGCUCGAUUACGCGACUAGCUCCUUUAAACCCGCCUUACAACUAGAUUUUGCGAGACAGAACUUUGAGAAUAUCAAAGUGACAGGGAAUUUCCAUCACGGACUUGGUAUUAUGUACUCAGACAUAUUCUCCGAGUCUGUAAAUAUAAUAAAGAAUUCCGAAUUCUCAAAUAAUAAAGGAGCGGGUAUCCACCUCAAACAAUUAGGUUUGAACUUGUACAACAACAAAAUCGAAAACAAUUUCAUUGGUAUCGAACACAACCCGAUUCUGUCCGGACUGCAACAAAGAGAACUAGCUGGGUGGUUCAUCAAAAACGAAGAGGACUCUCGUUACGAACCGUUCUUAAUCCCGCACAGCUCAGAUCAGAAUGGUAUAGACCUUCAAAGAGGGGAAAUAAGAUACCUUGUGACCUCCAAGGUUACUGGUGACAGUAUUUCACGAUCAUACAGAAUUCGAUGCGAUCCAGGUUGGGUACUCGGCAUCCAACUAAUAAAUCCCAUAGAAAAUAGGAGUACCGAGAGCAUAGUUAUUGUCGAUGCACCCACAUACCACAACAAUGCACAGAUUUGGAUUCUGAAGAGAGAUCUGACAGUUUUUCCUACGACAUCCAACAGCCACGGUGUAAUCUUGGACUACGUAAGUGGUUCCAAUGCCUUCGGAGGUGCUGCUUUAGUAAUAACACCUGUGAAAGCGUCUGUGCAGAAUAUCCCCAACAGAAUAGUUAAGGGGCCAGUUCCAACAUUAAGUGCGGUCCGAACUACUAUAAGAAAUAACAUGUUUGGCAUGCACGCUUCGUAUUAUAACCGUUACUUAGACGAACUAGGCAAUCACUUCUUGAGGAAAGCUAACGAGACUUUCAAAUUUGUUAGUUGUGAGAUUUCUUAUAAUUUGCACGAGGCAGUGUUUGUGCAUUCGCCUUUUUGGGACUUGCAUAGAAGCAAUCUGUCAGAAAUCACCAUAAUGGUGAACAAGACCACGAUCGCCAAUAACGGUAAAGGUUUCUACCAGUUCUCCAGGGAUAUGAGGGCUUCGAAUAAUUUGUUCCACUACAUCCUUCAGGAUAACACCAUUGAGAAUAACAAAGCCGGUGGUUUUGAUAUAGCCCUUCCAUAUGUUUGGCAGUACAACGAAAACUUUACACAUUCGGUAUUCAUUGACAACACCACCUGGGUGAACAACAGAAACUUUGAUUUCACCGUUGAUGGUCAUUUUGCCCUCAUCAACAUCACCAACACAGUAUUCAAAGAAAAUAAGUGCAAAACGGGAUUGUUAGCUAUCAAGGGAAUGGAAAAGAAAAUGUUGAUUACGAAUAAUGUGUUUAUGAAUAACAACGGCGAAUAUGUCAUCGAGUUUAGCUUGAACAGCCAAUCUGAAAUCAUAGGAGAUGUACCUGCCAUAUUUGCUCGAAACGAACUCAAGAAUAACAAUUUCAUCAUGACGGGGCGAGGAAUAGGGGUUCUGCAAAAAAACAAAAAUCCAACAUGUGUUAUUGGUUUUAGAGGAAUACAAAAAGUAAACGUGAACAGAAACCUAUUUUCCGACAACACUUUAGAUUAUUUACUGUUGGCUGGCAUCAAAACGGCGAAGAUUGACAAUUUCUUGAACGCUACAGAAAACUGGUGGGGGUCUAACAAUGAAAGCAAAAUUCGAGCGAAAAUCUUUGAUUUCGACGAUUGGAACGAUCACGCCAUUGCAGACUUUAGGCCGUACUUGUUAGAAAAUCAUUUCGAAUCUGAACUCUCAACAUCGUUCGUUCUUAAUUCAACAGUGGAUUUAGACCAUCUAGGAGGUAGAAUAUACGAAGACCUAACAUUGAGCAAUAGAGGAAGACCUUACAUCAUCCAGUCAGAUAUCACCAUCAUGCCUAAUGUUACUUUAACCAUUUAUCCUAGUGUAGUUAUGGAGUUUGAGCCAAACGUUGGAAUAUUAGUGCUAGGAACUCUAAAUGCAAGAGGAUUCAGAGGUAACGAGAUCAUUAUGAGACCUGUAAGGAAAUUUGGGAAUAUCGAAACCAAUUCUAUAGAAGAGUCAAGCUUGAGAGAUAAACGAGAAAUUGAGAGUUUUACAGGACAGGAGAGCAUCAGGUUGUGUAAGACCCAGAGUUGCGUAGAAACUGAAGAGGAACUCCCAAAUGAAGGCUUCCUCGAAUAUUUCAACAGGACCACCCUCCAGUGGAUCCCCAUGUGCGAUACGAGAUUUACCGAAAGAAACGCCCAAGUAGUGUGUAGAGAACUAGGCUUCAACCCUUUGAAUGCCUAUUUCGACUUUGAUAUCAGAAUAGACUUCCACAGCAACUCCUUAUCAAGGAUCUGGACAUGGCCUGAACCUUUACAGUGUAAAGGCACUGAAAACAAAUAUGAAGACUGUCCCAUAAGACUCAAUGGCCAGCAAUAUGGACAUCGACACAGAUGUGAAUGGAACUCCAACUAUGUUUUCAUACAUUGCGGCAAGGGAUUUGUAGGGAGAGACAGGUAUUGGGGCGGGAUAAGGUUUACCGAUGCCGAAUUUGAGCAACGCUUGUACACACACAGGAUUCACGACAUUCACACCCAUUCUACGAUGCAAAGUCAAGAAUCGGUAUUGGAGUACGUUAGUAUAAGUCAGGCAGGUAUUCUUCACAAUGAGAAGUCGCCGGCUAUUCAGAGUAUCAUAAGAAGUCCGAGGAUAAAUUAUGUCGAAGUGAACCGAAGCGCUUUUCAUGGAAUAGAUUUGAUUUCCCCUUCAAACACUAUGAAUUUGCUAAAUAAUAACGUCCAAGACUCUUUAGGUGUUGGCAUUAAUAUAGUAUCCUUGUCCGGCGAGGGCAGAGAAUCGGACGAAUCAAGCUUCACGCCUUUGAGAGAACUUAAUAUUCCCUACAAUUUGUUCAGUUUGGUGGAUAUUUGCGAUACUCACAAAGAAAUAAGAAUAGAGGAACGAGUGCUGGUUUAUUACAAAUAUGACAAUCAUCCCGUGAACUGCAUAAAGAUCUUUAGAAGUGCCUACAACAUUAAGCCACUUGGAAUUAGAUUCUUACAGUUUAAUUUGUUUAACUCGACCAUGUCCUACGUUGGGAUACCAGAUUUCAUUCAGUUGUAUGACGGGGAUAUCUAUAAUGUUUCUUCCAGAAUUAUCGAUACUGUUACGAUGAUGUCCGGCAAUUCUAAACAGUUAUUCAGGUCAACUUAUCCAAGCUUGAGCAUCAAAUUAUUUUCGAAUGGAGCCUCUUCGGACCAUGGAUUCAUUGCAGAGGUGGUCACUCUUCCGAUUUCUGCCAUCGGAUUCAAUCGUGACGUUCAGCACAACAUUACCCGAAGCGUGAUAAACAAUAACCAACAGGGGGCGUUGCUGUAUAUUUCUGCAGGAGAGGUCAAUCCUGUGGUGACUAUCGAUAACAACCAGUUCAAAAGUAACUGUAAGAAACUAUAUGGUAACUUCACGAGUUGCAAAUCGGCAAUCCAAAUGGAUAUACAGAACACACAGUCAAUAUACUUUAGGAGUAACCUAGUGGAACAAAACCAGGGAGGACUAUACAUCAAAGCUGAUUCGAGAGGUUCUGCAACUUCUUUACGAGGGUGGAUCCACAAUAACUUAUUUGUUAACAAUUCCAAUCUGCCUACUCUAUAUGUAGAAGGCAGACAGUCCUCCCCUUACCAGGAAGUCACGAUUUAUAGAAAUUACUUCACUAGAAACCAAGCUCAGUACCACAACAAUAUCGUGUUACGCCAAGUCGUGUCUAACUUCACAUAUAACUAUGUGAAGAGGAAUACUGGAUUACAAAAUUUAGAAGUGUCUGGAUUUGACAGGGUUAGGUUGAAUAUCUAUCAAACUACAACACACAACGGAUUCUACAAUAAUUACGCCACAUAUCGAGACAGCAAAUCUACUAUUUCAGCAGGUACAGCGGGGCAGCAUUAUGUCGACAACAUAUUUUUUGAUCCAGAUAAUGAUUACGAGAUGAUAACGGUGAACAGAUCUUUAUUUGAAUUCAACAGCACACUUCAGUUGUGGGACACUAAAAUCGAUGCAGCGAAUAACUAUUGGGGUGUCAACACAACCCUUGCCGUUAGGGGGCGAAUAAGAGACCAAAGAGACGAUCCAAGACUUUUAGAGGUGUCAUAUGAACCAUUUUAUAUGAACAACAGGUCUAUUUUGAAUGGAAAAUGUCCACCUGGGUGGGAUUUAGUCGGCGAGACCUGUUACAUAUAUAUCGGGGCUCCAAUGACGUUUUGGGAAGCAAAAGCAUUUUGCCAAGCUGAUAAUGCUUCCGUGCCAUAUUUAAUAGGAAACAUCCACUACUUGCCAUUGUUCGACUUUUUGAGGAGACAACAUCAAUGGUACUUAUAUUCCGACAAGGUAUGGGUCCAGCACAUUGAUAGAAUCAACGAAUGUACUAUUUUUGUUUAUCAAACUGUAGAGGUGGAAGACUGUAAUAGACGUAGUCCAUUCAUUUGCGAAAUAGACCCAAAGGUAUCGAUAAAGAUUCUACCGUUAGCAGAUGACAUAGUGACGAUUUCUGUGUUAAGCAGUUUGUCGUUGGCGAUCUUGCUUAUUAUUCUAGUCAUAGCGUGUUGGUGGACCAAGUCUAAGUACAGAAAAGCACAGAGAUUGGAAAGACGGAACAGCAUCAGGCAGAGCUUGCACUCUCUAAGGUCCGUCGGGUUGUCGCAAGGUAGCUUUGCCGAUCCCGGUUAUAGGAGAAAAGCGGCACAGCUGAGCACCCGCUCAACCGACACCCUGACUAAGAAAAUGAUAACCAACGGAUCCAUCGACAGCAUGGAGAAGUCCUACACAUCUUCCGUCGAAGACAACCAGUCGUAUGACGUGUACGAAGCUCACAACCCCAACCCGCCUUCGUUUCCUUAUCCUCCGACGAUAGAAUACCACAAGUCUCCCGCUAGGUUAGAAAACCAAUAUGCCAAACCAACGAAUUUCGACUUGGCUUACAAGAAUGAGGGAUUCCGAGAUAACUCAACGUUUGCUACAAACUCAAGAGCAGACAGCGUUCAGGACAGUUCCAGUGAAGAAUCCCCCAUAAUGCAAUCUGAGACCGGAAUUUCCUACCCGCCAAGUGAAUAUUACAACGAUGACACCCUACCAUUGAACAGCGGCAAAUCCGAUUCCACUUUAGACCUGAAACGUGCGAUCGAGGAAACGAAUAAGAAAUAUGACAGACCGAACAAUAAUUUCUUACAAGAACUAAGGGGGAGGUUGCCUCAGAUAGAGAAACCGCCCACACCGCCAAGAAAACACUCGCCUACCUACUCGGAACAAUUAGAUAACCUCCAUUAUACUCCGGAUUACAACACCGUGAGUUUAGCACACCCUAUAGGGGACCGUCCACACUCGGCGAACGUUUUAGAGACUGAUUUCGAUGAGAUUAUACCGCCCAAACCGAAAACAAGAGCAAAAAGUGAGGUGCUGCUGGAAACUAAUUUCGAUUAUACUCCGCCGGAGGGCAGUCCGCAGUUAAAUCACCCUAUCACGGAUGCAAGCAGGAGUCAAAGUCAACCAUUAGAAACAGCGAUGUAGAAAGUUUAAAGUGUGUUAAACAAUAAAAUUUGUGAUAUCGACAUUGUAAGUAGAGAUAGACUUAUAUUUUGAAAAGUUUUCUAAUUUAAUUAUACCAAGUGUACCAAAAACAAAUUAUAGACACUAUAUUUGUUGAGCCAAUGCAUUAAUUUUAUAUCGUGUACAUAAAAGGACAUUUUUUUAAUUUGUAUUUUGUUUGUGAAUUUUUAUAAACUGUUUUAAAUCACAUUCACAUACAUUCAGAGGGAAUAGGGUCACCGCGCUAGUUAUCUGAUCAACACCGAUUCUCGACUAGUUUUUGUAAAACUCGAACAGGGAACAGGAGUACAAAAUUAUGCAAAUGCAAUUGUGCAGUGGCGGUUUCUGUAUAGAGUCAUUUGGUCAUUACUAGAAAUCAACCAACAUUUAUAUUUUUAAUAUAUUUGUAUUUUUAUUGUAAAAAGUAUACAUAUUAGUCAUGAGGGUCAACUUCUAAAUUGCCCCCUCUAGGGAACGUUUUAGAAUGAAACAUAUACGUAUAAAGUAUGGAAAUGAGAGAAAAAAAAUUAAGCACCGGGACAUUGUCUUUGCACAUACAAAUCACAUACAAAUGCUCACAACAGUGCAAUAUCAAUAGUCGGUCGUUGAUUUUGCCAAGUCUCUUCCUUAUGUGCAGUAUCAGUUGCAAUGUUUAUAUUAAGCAUUUAAUCUUGAGGUACUCAGGUUCUGUGACUUGGCCAUAUUAAUUCCUGGUUUGGUUUCAAUUAUUUCAUGCAAAUUGAUUUAAAAACUAGAAAAAAGUUGUUCAAGGCAUUUUCAAUGAAACUAAAAUGGAAUAUCCAGUCAUAAACUAAUUAAAACAAAACUGAAUUAAAAAGCAUUUUAAAUCAGGGGAAUUUUUAUAAUAGUUGAGUCAGCCGUUUAUUAACAAUAACCGUGUAUUACUUUUCCUAAAGCGUGAAACUUAAGUGUAGAGCAGAUAAGCAACUUCAACAGAAAAAUCACUUCACAUCUAAAAAUGAUUGUAAAAAAAUUUGAAGUAAACUUAGUCAAAAAACAAACGGAAAUAUUGAACAAUAAUUUUUAAAUAGGUUUGAUUUUUAUCGUUCAUGUCUAAUAUUUAAACUACAUAUCGAUAAUUUUCUUCUUUCAAAAUCUGGUAGUUUCUGGCGAGAUUUCAAACAACUGAUCGAGAAUCGGGCAACCAACCUCAAAUUUCUCUCGUGUUUAUUUAAUUUUAAUUUGAAACGAUAAUCUGCAACAUGGAAUUCAGUUUUCGAUCACUUUAUUCGAAUUCAAUUUUCUUCUAGAAAUUUGUAACCAGGUGUUCGAAAAAUGGACCCUAUUUCAACCAGCAGAUUUUGUUUUUUAUUUAUUUAGUAGGCAUUUUUUCUAAUUUAUUGAAAUAUGUCCUUUCAGUUGUAGAGUGCUUGCUAAAAGCUGAAAACUCUUACCAAAUUAAUAACAAUUACAAAAAACUUUAUGACCUUCAAUUAAAUUUUUUUUUUGUAGUUUUUGUAAUAUAUAAAGUUACUGCACAAUUUAAAAAAUAUUAAAUACUUUACAAUUUGUAGGUUUGAAAUAAAAACGACCUACAAAUUGUUAAAACAAUUUAUGUGAUACUAGAAUUGUUAUACGAUUUUUAUAAUUUUAAGCAAAGCUUAGCCCCAAGUGGAUGUUAUCACAAACUGUGUUCGUAUUUAAGAAAUUAAGGAAACUUGACAAAAAUUCAUUUAUUUAUUGUAAAUAUUUCAUAAUGGAUUAUGUGACUGUUAGUUAAGAUGAGAAAUCACCUAAUAUUUUUUUAUACAUAUAUCACUAUUUGUCUAACUUGUAUUGUAAAGUAAAAUUUGAACGUUUAGAUCUAUUUUCUCUGCUUUCGGAGACUGACCGUUAUGCCUUAAAAAUUAUAUAUAAAAGUUAUGCAUUAACUAUUUAUAGUUUUCAAAUUUUGUACAUAUUAGA